AUGAACGGAGAGAAAAGAAUAGUAGGAUGGGAUGAGUUAGCUGAACAUAGUAAUCGAACAUCACUUUGGGUUGUGAUAGAGGGAUAGGUGUUUGAUGUAACAACAUAUUUGGCCGAACAUCCAGGAGGUGAUGAUAUCUUGAUUAAAUAUGGUGGAUUGGAUGGGACUUAAAAGUUUCUAGAGGUGAACCAUUCAAAUUAUGCUCGUUCCCUCAGAAAUGCUAGAUUGGUUGGAACACUUACUUCUGAUCCCUAACCAAACGAUUACCUAAAGGCUGUGAAAUCUAAAAAACAAAAAAAUAAUUUUAAUCCAAAUCGUUAGAUUACAUGGGAGGAAUUAGGAUAGCAUAAUAAAAAGGAGGACUUAUGGAUUGUUAUAGAAGGAAAAGUGUACGAUGUGACAGAUUUCUAAGAUGAUCAUCCAGGAGGUCCAGCAAUUCUGUUGGGAAAAGCAGGAGAUGAUGCAACUGCCGCAUUCCAUGAUGCAAAUCAUUCUCAGAGUGCUUACAAGUAAUUAGAAAAAUUAUAAGUGGGUGUUAUAACAGGAGUUAAACCAAAUUUGAGUGGUAGUGGAUCAAGUACAAAUUUGAUAUUCGUAAUUCUAUUGAUAUUGGCUAUUGGAGCAGGAAUAUUUGUGAUUACAAAAUGAGGGUUUGGAUUAUCAUAAAUUAUAAAUAUAAUAUUA